AUGUACGAAUCAGCUCUCAACUCUACGGAGGUGAAGCUCCUGCGCGACCCAACAAUAGUACGCCAGAUAUUCCAUGCCUUUGGCAGAGCCGACCUUCAUUUCCAGAAUAUCAGAAAGAUGGCGCGUUCCGGCAUUUACGCGUUACAGAUCGCAUUUGAAUCUGGAGAGAGCGAGGCUGUCAUCGAUACCGCCCUAGCCGAAGUCAAAUCCAGUGGAGGUCUGCGCCGGAAGACAUAUGACUACAUCCGAGAGAUGGCAUUAGCAAGAGCGGACUGGCGGGCAAUGACAAUCUACCUGUGGCAUAUGUUGCAGACGGCGCAGAAGAAGCCGGUUACACAGGAGAACUACCUGCUUGCGAAAGAUCUGUAUGGCAUGAUGGAGCCUAGUCAGAAGCAGGACAACAAACUGCCCUUUCUACAAAGUUUCGAGCUUCCCUGGAAAUUGCUGCAUGAUGCGGCCGACCAUUACCUCUAUCACCUCGAGGACGGCCCCGAGUCUGAUGCUGUCCAGGAGGAUCUUGAUAUGGCUCUUCGGGAGGGUGUCUCCAAGUGGAGCGACCCUCGAGCCGCCGAAAUGAUUCUCAGUCAGAUCGGUGAGGUCGAGAAACACAGUCCUCGCUGGGUGUCACUCACCACACAGUCGGCAAUGGGCGGGAACUCGGACUCUUGUCUCGAACUGGCCAUGUACCAUCUGCAGAAAGAUGGAUGGUAUCCAAAACAAUCCGACAGCAAUAAGGCUAAGAGCUGGAUCGGGAUCGAAUGGCUCGCGCUCAGUGCAGCACUGUCAACCACCGACGCAAGGACAAUGGUCAGAAGAUAUCUUGCGCUAGCGCACAUUCUUCGCGAAAACGGCUUUGCUAAGGAAGGAUAUGCCUGGUUGCCCAAUGCGAAAGAGAAUGUCCACGAGGCCGGUCUCGACCCGAAAGGUGAAAUGAUCGAGUACCUCAAUGGAUUCCAGCGCCACUGGUUUGACGACAAGGUCAUGGUGGCCACUUCGGACGAGUUCCUCGACAUCAAAGAACCCCAGACCUGA